ACGGGCGCACAGCAGCAGGAGUGAUCGCGCCACUUCUCGUCUUCGGCGGGAGUUGGGGUUGGAGAUGUAUAUGAAGGAGCGGGGCGGGGCCUGGCGUUGGCCUUCCUCCCCCAUGUAUUUUUUUUCCGAAGAUGACGUAUGCAGAAGAGGGUAGCAACAGUUGCCUCGAGACCCCCGCGCGCCAUAGUGACUGUAGUCGUGGAGACAGUUACUUACCAACGGGAGCAACACGCAGCAACAGCAGCAGCAACGGGAAGCGAGUGAGAGGGAAGAGAGAGAGAACAGCCAGGGCAGAACUUAACACAAGGCUAAGGUGACUAUAUCUUUACCGAACUCCAGCAUGCAGAGCUCAGAGGGAGGCUCAGACUCCACGGCCAGUGUGGCGCUGCGUACGGCCUCCUCCGCCCAGGCCCCCGUGGUGCAGCCUGUCCCAGCGUCCCAGCAGCGGGUGCUGGUGCAGGCUACAAGCUCUGGCCAGAAGGGGGCGCCAGGCCAGCAGCUCUCCAGGGUGCAGCAGGUCCCCCAGCAGGUCCAGCAGGUCCAGCACGUGUACCCGUCCCAGGUCCAGUACGUGGAGGGAGGGGAGGUUGUGUACACCAACGGAACCAUCCGGACGGCCUACUCCUACAACCCGGAGGCGCAGCUGUACGGGCAGAGCAGCGGGGGGGCGUACUUCGACUCUCAGGCGGGGGGCCCCCAGGUCACCACGGUGGUGUCGUCGGCCGGCGCCGUGCCCCCCCACGGCAUGGUGGGCGUGGCCAUGGACGUGGGCGGCAGCCAGAUCAUCUCCAGCGGGGGGGCCUACCUCAUCCACGGGGGGGGCAUGGACGCCAACCGCCACCUGGGCCCGCACUCCGCCCGCUCCUCCUCGGCAAUGCUUGAAAUGGCGAUUGAAAACCUGCAAAAGUCUGAAGGGAUUACCACUCACAAAAGCAGCCUGCUCAACAGCCAUCUGCAGUGGCUGCUGGAUAACUACGAGACGGCGGACGGCGUGAGUCUCCCGCGCAGCUCCCUGUAUAACCACUACCUGUGGCACUGCCAGGAGCAGAAACUGGACCCCGUCAACGCCGCCUCCUUCGGCAAGCUCAUCCGCUCCGUCUUCAUGGGGCUCCGCACCCGCAGGCUGGGAAACAGGGGGAACUCUAAGUAUCAUUACUACGGUAUCCGUCUGAAGCCGGACUCCCCUCUGAACCGGCUGCAGGAGGACUCUCAGUACACAGCCAUGAGGCAGCAGCCUGUGCACCACAAACAGAGGUUCAAGCCCUUGCAGAAGGUGGACGCCAUGGGGGACGGGCUCUCCGGGGGGUCCCAGCACUCCUCCGGCUCGUCAGAGUCUCUGGCUGCACAGAGCCAGCACCACCAGCAGUACAUCGAUGUGUCCCAUGUGCUGCCCCCGUUCCCCGCCCCAGACCUGGGCUCGUGCCCCCUCCCCGAACGCAUCUCCCCCAACGACCUCAAGAAGCUGCAGAGCCUGUACCGGGACCACUGCGAGGCCACUCUAGACGUGGUGAUGAACCUGCAGUUCCACUACAUCGAGAAGCUGUGGCAGACCUUCUGGUAUUCAACAGCGCCAUCUAGUGACGGAGCCACUCCUCUGCCGAACAGUGAGGAGGACUCAGACGGGGUGGUCUGCAGGGAGAAGCUGGUCUCUCUCUGUAAGUACGAGCCGGUGCGUCUGUGGAUGCGCAGCUGUGAUCACAUCCUGUACCAGGCCCUGGUGGAGAUCCUCAUCCCCGACGUGCUGAGGCCUGUGCCCAGCACUCUGACUCAGGCCAUUCGUAACUUUGCUAAGAGUCUGGAGGGCUGGCUGACCUCGGCCAUGAGGGACUUCCCACAGGAGAUCGUGCGCACCAAGGCUGCAGUGGUGAGUGCGUUCGCUCAGACUCUGCGCAGGUACACGUCUCUGAAUCACCUGGCUCAAGCGGCGCGGGCCGUGCUGCAGAACACGUCUCAGAUCAACCAGAUGCUCAGCGACCUCAACCGCGUCGACUUCGCCAACGUGCAGGAGCAGGCCUCGUGGGUGUGUCAGUGUGACGAGGCGGUGGUGCAGAGGCUGGAGCAGGACUUCAAGGUGACCCUGCAGCAGCAGAGCUCCCUGGACCAGUGGGCGGCCUGGCUGGACAACGUGGUGAACCAGGUCCUGAAGCCCCACGAGGGCAGCGCUAGCUUCCCCCGCGCCGCACGCCAGUUCCUGCUCAAGUGGUCCUUCUACAGCUCGAUGGUGAUCAGAGACCUCACCCUGCGCAGCGCGGCCAGCUUCGGCUCCUUCCACCUGAUCCGCCUGCUGUACGACGAGUACAUGUUCUACCUGGUGGAGCACCGCGUCGCCCAGGCAACCGGCGAGACCCCCAUCGCCGUCAUGGGAGAGUUCAGUGACCUCAACUCCAUGAUGCCCAUGCUGAUGGAGAAAGACUCGUCCUUCUCGGAUGACAUGAGUGACCUGGGCAGUGACGGGGAUAUGUCACGUGACCUGUCCCGGGAUAUGUCACGUGACCUGACCCGGGACCCCGGCGAGCCGGCGGUCAAACGGGAGCGCAUCGAGAUCAACCACUCGCUGCAGGAGAUCUGAGCUGGCCACGCCCACGCCGCGCCCCGAACCACGCCCACACCGCACCCGAGCCACGCCCACACAUCCCCGGGCUGAGCGUGCCAGUGCGGGCUGUGUACAUAGAGAAGAGCGUAGAGUUCUGUCCACCCCUCCCCCCCCCCAAACGCCCCGCAGCCAAAAUCACUGGCUCUUCUCAAAGCCGGGAGGGCAGGUGGGCGGGAAGAUUUGUGUCGUAGAGAAAAAGAAAAAAAAAAAUGCUUAUGUGAGAUUCUGACUUUACUGGAGGGUAUAGUUCUAAUUUUUUUUUUGUUGUUCCUUUGCGUUCCUCUACUGCAACUUAAAAAAAAACCACACAAAAAAAAAACUGUGAAUCUAAGAAUGACCUUUUUGUACAGUGCUCAGAGUUCGGCUCGAGGCGUAACGUCGAGCGAGCGCUGAGGCCGCGGAAUCGCCGUUUACUCCAGUGCCUUAGAUGGGAAGACCGUAAGGAAGCUUGAACCACCACACCAGAAACCCACCUCUCCCACCUCUGCUGUGCCUCAACCGGAUGAAUGUAUUUCAGAACCUCGGACCUUCGAGAGCACCUUCUCUAGGCCGCGGCCGCAGGUGUGGCCCCAAGACCUCUGGCCCCCGAGGCUUGGUGCUCCUCACGCUAACGCUAACGGCCUUUCUGAAGCUCCUGCCUUUCACAGUGGCCUGGAGAGGAGUCGUCACUCUGACCCCUGAAGGCCGUCUUCUCUCUGUGCUGUGAGACGGCCGUUACCUCAUUCCUCAAACGCCACCCCGCUCAGUUUUUAUUUUUUCUGUCCGUGUCCUCUCUCACGAGGGGGCUCUGUUUAAACAGGCCGGCCACUUUUCCUCAUGUUCC